UAUUAAUGGUAGAAAAAUAGUAUGUUUUAACACUUAAAAAAAAUGUUACACGCGCGCGUUUUAGCACUACAUAGUUUAAACAGUUGUAAUUAAUUGUAUUACAACAAUGGCCGCAACCUUGAAGGAGAAAAAUGUCCGGAAACCAAAUUUUUCCGAGAAGGAGAAGUUGCUCCUUCUUAGUGAGUGGGAGAAGCGGGCCGAUGUGCUCCGACCGAAAUUUUCGUCAAAGGUCACGUCCCAAAUUAAGCACGAAGCAUGGCGACAAAUUGCAGAGGCCCUUAACUCAAGCUUCCCGUCAGUCCGUCGAGAUGUGCCGGAACUUCAGAAGAAAUGGCAGAACAUGAACAGUAAGAUGAAGGAGGAAGCCUCCAAAUACCGAAAGGAAUCAGUCAAAACCGGAGGAGGACCUGCCCCACCUGAUCUGAGCCCAAUGGACCAAAGAUUGAUGACCCUGAUAGGAGAGAACUCUCCAACUAUCGUAGGGAUCGUUGGUGGCAUUGACAGCCUCCCUCCUGAUGAUAACUUUGAGCCCGCAGUCGCCACAUCAGCUGCUCAUGGUUCCAUUGCUGAUACACCGGAUGACAGCACUUAUACUGAGUUGCCAGUCACAUUUGGACCAUCAUCGUCAGCGUGUAGAUUAUCGAUGGUGCCUACAAAAAGAACAAGAUCAGAAGAAAAUGAGGAGGAGUACGGAAAGCUGCUCAAGCUGGAACAGCGGAAAUGCGAAGUGGAGACAAGAAGAGCAGAGAUAGAAAUUGAGAAACUUCUCAUAGAGAAAGAGAUGAUUAUCCUCAACAUGGCAGUAUUGCAACAGGGGUUAUUAAACCAAUAA